AAAGGCAGACUACGGUGUGUGGGGAGGGGUGGUGGUGUGUUGGGGGGUGGGGGCGGGUGCUUCUAGGGCUAUGCGAAAGACUCCAGCCUGGCAAGCGUCCUCCAUCAGGGAUGACGAGGCCGGAUCGAGGCCGGAUCGUCAAGAGCUCGCAGCAGGGAAGGUGGAGUGAUGGAGUGAGGGGGCAGGAAGCUGGGGACGAGGGCAUGGGCACUAAGGCAGGACGUCCAGGCAAGGUGCCCGGCCCCCCGGAGCCAAUUCUUGUGCGCCAUCUCCAAAGGCUGCGUGCGCCCAGGGCGCGCCGGCGGGGCAGCAGGGUGGGUACCAGCCUUUCUUCCCAGCGCUUCAGCCUCCUCCCGGAGCCCACGUGGGCGGAGCAGCGCGGGGGUGUGCGUGGCAGCGGCCGCCGCGGCGGGUGCUGUGCGUGGGGCGGGGGUGCAGGCAGGGCGGCCUCGCCCUCCCGGCCCCCUGCCGCCCCGGAGCGGCCGGAGCUCCAACCUCUGCGCCACCUCUGCUGGGACCUGGGGGUACCCUGACUUACUCAGUGGGUAGGACUCCGAGGGAACCGGCCGGCCACGCCCCCCGCGCCACUCCCUGGAGGCAGCGGCUCCUGCAAAACCCCUUCUCCCACCUCCAGAUGAGACAGGUGGCCUGCCCCCAGGAUGCUCUGUGAUCCGCACCCACUGCCGGGAUCCCUCGUCUCUGCCCAUGCAGUGUGUUGUGCUGGCCAACCGGGGUAACCCAAAGGAACAGGACACAGGGGAGCCAAAGAAAAGGAAAGGCGGCUGGCCCAAAGGCAAGAAAAGGAAACCCGCAAGGGAUUUUUCUGUUCCCCGUGCUCCUGUGACAGGGUACGUGAUCUUCCUAAAUGAGCAGAGGAGCCAGCUAAGGGCCAAGCAUCCGGAUCUGCCUUUUACAGAAAUCACAAAGAUGUUGGCGGCUCAGUGGGCUCAACUGUCUCAAGAGAAAAAGCAAAGGUAUGUUUAUGAGGCAGAUGAAGACAAGCAACGCUACAUACGUGAGCUGCAGGCCUACCAGAGCUCCCAGGCGUGCAGAGCCUUCCUGCGGAGACAAGCGGCUCAAGAGGCUCACGCACUGUUGGGACCAGGCACACCAGGAAACAGAUUGGAGAGGGAGGACCUUCCAUUCUCACCACUUAAUGGGGCUGAAGGCAAUGACCUGUACUGUAGGACCUGCAGGCAGUUCUUCAGCUCCCUGCAUAACAAGAAGGAACACCUGCUGGGAAAACAGCACCUGCAGAACCUCGCAGGGAAAUUCGAAAAAGAUUCCACAGAGUAUUUAAAGCAUCUGGAACCGCCAGAGCAAAAAGAAGGUCAGAAUUUGCACAAAGGGGACUUGGAGGAGGAAGCCGUGUGCCCUGAUCCACUUCUGCUGGGAGGCCUGAUUCCAGGGAAGCCUUUUGCCUCAUUUGACUUGUGUUUCUUGCAAGAGUUUAUCUUUAAACUUCUGAAAAUCAAGGAAUUUGAGCUCAGAGAGCUGAGGAGGACUCUGGAAAGAGCCCGAGUAGAGCAGGACGCCCUGCAGAGACAGCUGGCCGAGUUCCAGAGCCAGCAGCAGAGGCUGGAGGUGGAGCUGGCGGGCCUGAAGACCUACGGGGUCAUCCUGGAGAAGGAGUUUGAGAACCUGAACACGGUGCUGAUGCUGUCCCACUUUGGCCUGCAAGUGAUGGACACGGCAAACUGUUCUGAACGCGCCUUCCAACUCUGCAGCUUGAAACAGUGCCUCACCCCUGCACCAGCAGCCUGGACCUCUCCGGCAGCUCAGAGGCCAGCUUCCACAGAGGCAUCUCUCUCCUCAGAGAAAAGACCAAAGAUCCUGUGACUUACGUACGGGACAGUCCGAAUGGCUCUACUGACAGGAGAAAAUAAGUUAUGUGUGUAGGUUUGUGCAACAGACUCAAUCUUUCUUUUGUGCCCAGGGUUCGGCAGUGUCUGCGCUAUAAGUGUUCCUCCUGGGGGGCUAAGAGCUGAGCAGCUUUGACUUGGGAAGAUUUUGGUCGAGCACUUGUCUUUCCACGUGUGAGCUCCACAGGGACUACAGGCGCACUCCUGCUCUCAGAGCACAUGAGUUUCCCCCCCACCCUCCCCCCGCCCAGGAGCACACUUUGGUUUCCUCUGUUAUAAAGACAAUAGUUGCCUCCCCCAUCAUCCUCAAAGGAUGGGGUGAAGAUCAAGUCAGAUGAUCAGCUUGUCUGAGUUUGGGUUCCCCAGGGGACAGACCCUGAGAUCAGGAUUUUUAGGCAAAUGGAUUACUGGGGAGAGGAGUCCAAGCUGGGGAGUAGGGAAGGGGAGAGAGCCAUAAAAGGGAGAGCUAUCUGACCAAGAAGCCAUCGAGGGCAGCUGCAGGCUAAGCCCUGGGGAACUCUACAGGACCCGAGAGCAUCCCACCUGCUGUCCAGGGAGCUGGGGUACUUAGCCACCACUCCCUUUACUUUCUGCUGGAGGGUGGCUUCCACAGGGUUAAUCCCCUGUCCUUCCCAGCCUGCUGUGCAGGUGGCAAAGGGGGUAUGGGAGAUCAGAGUGCCUUGGGCUGGGAAACAUACGCCACAGGUGCAAGGCUGGCCAGGGUGCCCCCUGGGGUGGCAAGAACAGGGCUUGUGGUUGGGGCAUCAACAGUGUCUGUUAUGGGACUCUUAUAAUGCUUUCUAGCCUACUAAUGGAUUUGCAGCCAGAAGAUGGGGGUGAAGAGUCAUGGUGAGCUCCCCAUACACAGGGUGUAGACAGCAGGGACUGGGUCUGACCACCUAGAGCAGAGACCUGACCACAGUGGCCUCGAUGCAUAACAAAAAAGUCCAGCUGUGAGCAGCAGGGUCUGGGAGAACAGCUACCAAGAGGGAAGCAGCCACUGGCAUGUGGCUCUUGUGUGUACUUCCAUUGCCCCCAAGGGAGGACCCCCAGGCUCCAGCAUUGCUUCUGCACUCCAGGCAGAAUGGCAGCAGGGAAGAAGGACAAGAAGCAGGUGACAGCUGGAAGGCCUCACUUUUAAAGAGCUUCCAGAGAGCCCUUCUUUCUAGAAAGAGUUUCCAGAAAGCAACUCCCACUUCCAUCUCAGGGACCAAGAUGGCAGCCUUUGAGCAAGAGGGCCGCAAGGGAGGCUGGGAAGUGUAGUUCCCAGAGCAAAGCUGGGGUGGGUUAGGGAGAAGGGAGCAGAACAGAAUUGGAAAGGCCAAUGUGAGAAGGGCUGUAUGCAGUGUGGCUGGAGUCCUUGCAAAGGAGCCUGGUGUCAUUCUCCACUCAGCAGACAUGGGUGGUCACAGAUGGUGUGUCUCUGGCGUGUUUAUUGCUGGACUCAACGUCGGGGUGAUAAGCCUUCACUGGUUUUGUUUGCAGCGUGCUCUGUACACAUCAUUUCCUUUCUUCUGUACACAACGUCCAAUAUGAGUGCAAGGAAGGUCUCAUAGAGCUAUUUACACAUGGAAAGAGAGAAGCCCCAUAACUUUUCUGAGAUGCCAUCAGUGGGCAGGCCUGGUGUGGUUUCCCUUGUGACCAUGUCCUGUGGGAAUCCAGCUCUUGGCUCUGACCUUGGGGUCUGCAGUGUUGUCAAAACCUUGGCAUAGGGACAUCUUUCUCUUUCCAAACCAGCUCGGCCUCUCCCUCCCUGUGGUUACCUCACCCCUGUUCACCCUGAACCCCCACUUGCAAACAGCCCAUGGUCAUUGGCUUUUCUACUUCUUUCCCUCAGAUCAAGAGCUCCCCCAGACAGAGGCUGGCCCCAGAUACACACUCAGCAAAACUUACUGAAUAAGAACACUGAAAUUAUCCAAACGAGACCCUGAAGAGGAUUGCCAGAUUUAGCAUAUAAAAACACAGGACACUAGUUAAAUUUGAAUGCAGAUAAACAACAAAUAACUUUUUGUGUAAGUAUAUCCCACAAUAUUUGGGACAUGCUGCUACUGAAAAUUGAUUAUUUAUCUAAAAUUCAGAUGUAGCCAGACGUCCUGAAUUUUAUCUGGCAAACCUAGCGCGAGUGACUCGCCGACCAGGCAGCUCCCGCAGCUCAGCCCUUCAUUCAUUCCAUCACUGGGAAGACGGACACACUCCUCCCAGGACACACAGCAGAUUGGUGGUGGUCCCUGAGCUCUCCCUGGCUGCCAGGGUCUGAGACUCCUACUUUCUCACAGAACAGCCAAGAGAAGCAGGGACUGGCAGGUCCCAAGUGAGAAGGGGAAGACCCAGGGGUCCAGGAGGUGAGGGCGGGGCUCCUCAGGUGGCAGGUGGAAGGAUUUACCUGUGGAUGCUGGGCAGGCUCGGUUCUGGCUUAAGCUCUACCUCUGAAAGUCUGUGGGACCUGGAGCACAUCUUCAUGUCCUACAAGGGAGCUAGAGUAGCUCGGCUUAAAACCUGACAUUUGAAUGCCAAAAACAUACCCACACACAAAUGUUCUCUACGUAGCAACCAUGCAGCUCUGCGCAGGACACUUGCUCCCUGAGCCUCAGUGUUCUGACCUGUAAGACAGGGCAGAGUUAUUAUAAGAGUAAAAGGAACUGGGUUUUAGAAAGUGCCCAGCACAGUGCCUGCCCAUUGCUGGAGGGACCCCAGACAUGGUUGGUCCUAUUGUUACUGACGAUAACUCCGCCAGGACCCAUCUGGGACACACGGGGACAAGGAUACCUUUACCAACCACCUGACAGGUUCUACGCAGGUGCCCAGGCCCUUGCUGGUCUCAGGCUUAUCCCUACAUCUGAACCUCUUGGCUGAAGCAAUUCCAUUCACCAUGCACCUGCACCACCUCGCCCUCCCACCCCUGAAAUGCAAUCCCCCUGCAGGUCUGGUUCUGGGCUGAGGUCUCCACGGGACCGCUUGGAGGUGAUGGGGCUUUGAUUUCAGGAAUGGGGGCCACAUUUGGACAGUGUACCCAGUGUGCUCCCCCUGAGCCUUGGCCAGCAGAGCUGAAACUAAGAAUCUGGGCAAGACUUGUGUCUGAGGAGGCACAGAAAGACAUGCAAUUUACAUGUGACCUAGCACACACAAAUAGAUCUACAACUCACCUCAAUGCAAAACAAUAGUUGCCCUACUUCAGAGGUGCACUCUGACCCUGUCUUCUUUUCAGUUUCACGGUUUCAAAGUGCUGGUCACAGACCACCAAACUGACUUCAGGACUUCCUAAUCGGUCACUGUCCACAGUUUACAAUCUUUCUCAGUCCUUCUCACCCCGGCACCCUGAGACUUGGUUAUCAGCUCGUAUGGCUGGGUAGGUGGGAGUUCAGGCCUGAACUCUGUCCUCUGUUUGUGCUGGAAGCAAGAAACCAGGGCUGAGCAUCUGGCUCUGCCUCCCCGCGGGGAUGCCCUGGGGUGAGACACAAAUGCCCCUGAUGGCUCGGAGGAGGCUGCUCCUAAUCUUGCUGCGCAGAAGAGUAUUGAAUGGGUCCACAGACCAGGGCUUGGUGUGGGGUGAGCUCGGUCAGUAUUGGCCGUGAUGAUAACCAGGGCCAGCGUCACGGGUGUGCAACCUCUGGAAUCACACAGAGGUCUGCCUGGGUCCAUGCUCAGCUGUUAUCUUCUUGAAAAUCUUAGUUUCUCUUUGAACUUGUGUCUUGUAAGUGACGUCUGCUGGAACAACGGAGGACGUCUGUGAGUAGAGGGAAGAUGCCAAGCGAUUAUGCCCACAUGGUGGGCGGCACGUGCCCUAAGCAGUUGGCUUGGCCAUCGGGCGACAGGCACUGGUGGUGACGGUGGCAGAGUGGGUGACCCCGGGAGAGGGAAGGGUUCCCUGUGGCACUGGUGCCUGGACCACAGUGGGAGACAAGCUGGCCCUUCCCUGCCUGGAAGCUGUCCUUGCAGCACCUGCAGAAAUGUUAACUCUCAGGCCUGAGCACCGAGACCAGAUCUGCCAGGCAUAGGCAGUAAACCUUGUCAGUAAGUUAUUGCAGAAUACAGGUGUGCCCUGGACUUUGCAAUAAAGCGAGCCACUUAGUAGAAUUAUUCAAUGAGUUUAGAAUCAAAAAAACUAUUACAACAUUGCCGAGCAAAUAUCCAAAGGCUUAGAACUGGAAAUAAUGUAAAGAUUGUCAUAUUUGGUAGAAAAGAACACUAUUUCCACAUAAAGUUUGACAAACCAAUUAUUAAAGAGGAUGACAAUUUAGGGGUGCCUGUGGCUCAGUCAGUUGGGCAUCUGACUCUUGAUUUUGGCUCAAGUCAUGAUCU